UCUUUUGUCUUUUUCUGAAUCUUCACAAUUUGCAAUUUUUUGAAGAAUUUCGAGAAAUGUGUGAUAUUGAAAUUGACACCGAAUUCCUCAUUGCUCUAGUAAAGGAGAGACCAAUUUUGUGGGACAAAACAGGUGGCAUUUACAGAGAUAGGCAUGCAACGAGAAUGGCCUGGAAGGAAAUAUGCAUCUUAUUGAAAGACGACUUUCAAACAUCGGAUGUAAAGGAGAAAUAUGCAUUUAGAAUUGAAGUAACGAGGAGAUGGUAUAAUAUCAGAGAUGCGUUCGCAAAGUUCUGUAAAAAAGAUAGAGAAUUGAAGAAAAGUGGUACAAGAGUCUCUAAACUAAAAAAAUAUAUCUACCAUGAUCAGUUGAAAUUUUUGUCAAAGUUUUAUACAACAGAGAACGUGGUGGAAAACUGUGAAGAUGAAAGAGAAAACAAUGAUAUCUCAAGACCUGAUACUUCAAAACGAUCAGAUUCAGGAAAAGAAGAUGAAUUAACUUCUGCUGAAGCAAAGCCAAUUCAACUUUCAGAUUCGAUAAAAGACAAAAGGUCAAAUGAAUCUGAAUUUGGGACAUCGAGGACCAUCGCAAAUGAAAAAUCUAACAGGCACCUAUGUUUUUUCAAAGGCGUUAUCCCCUUUUUAGAAGAAUUUAGUGAACAAGAAGUUGUGAAGUUUAAGACGGGAGUGUUACAAUUAAUCGCUAACAUCAAAGAUCAAAGACACGGAAUGCCACAUGCUCAAGUUCCUGCUCCAUUUCUCUCCUUUUCCACCCAACAUGGAUCUUCAGGCAUGCCAUCAAGUACAACCAUGUACCAUCCAUUGCAUCAUCAAAUUCAACCAUUUCCAAUCCAUCCGUUUAGACAAUUGCAUCAACAUUUUUGGUCAGCAGUCUGUCCCAUAUGUAAUGCUGGAUCCAUCAACCGAUAUUAGUCAUCCAGUACAGUUCAUUCAGUUAGUACAAACGACAUAACAAAUGUUCGAUUUUAGUGUUGGUAUUUGAAUCUUAUCACUUUUAUAGGAUAUUUUGAGAGCUUUUAUCUGAAUUCAAUGU